AUGGAUAUCAAAUUUAUUUGGAGUGGCAGUGAUGCAAAGGCUCUUGUUUAUUAUAUUACUGAUUAUGUAACAAAGAUGAGUCUCUCUUUUCAUGAUACAUUUGCUCUUGUACAAAAAAGUAUUACAUCAAUUAUGAAUUCUUCACAUCAAACGAAUAAUGAAAAUGCAAUUGAAAAGUCACGAAAGUUUGUUUUACGUUGUUAUAAUUCACUUGCUUCUCAACAAGAAUUAUCUGGAGUUCAAGUUGCUGCUUAUCUUAUGAAUUGGGAUGAUCAUCACACUACACAUAAGUUUCAAGGUCUUCAUCUUAUUCAAACUGAGCGGUAUUUACAAACGCAAUUGAAUGAAAUACGCUCCAAACAAAAAUUGAAAUUUUCAGCACAUGAUCAGUAUCUUAUUUUAUUUUAUACGGUUGUUUAG